UCUGUGUGUGGUAGUUGUCUCUGAUAUCAAUGAAGGAUUGCCUCCCUAGCUCACCUGACUUCUGGUCGAGUUUAAUAAAGCCAAGAUGAUGUAUAAUCCCACAACCAGCGUCAGAGCCGAAGCACGGAAUAUGGCCUCUGGUGAGCUGCUCUACUUCGAUAAAGUUGCUGCAAAUGUGACAGUUUGCGAAGUGAAGCGCAUGAUUGCAAUAAAGCUGUCAGCUGAUCCUGAGCAUAAUGCGCCCGCGAUUUCAGCAUGCUUGAUUCAUAUGGAGGUGGAUACGGAAGCGAAGGACGGAGAAGAAGAGCAAAUACUGAAGAGCGACGCCUCAACAAGGGUCGCUGGAGAUAGUGGACCUCAGGCAGAUGGUAGUCGUAGCUGUCUGAAGGAUAAGACUGGAUCAAGAAAAAAAUAAUAUG